AAGGAUGUCCAAAUAAGGCGUGAAGGCGCUCGCUCAAUGUGUCGUUAAACAUAGAUGAAGGACUUGGGAGCAACGAGAUAAUGGCUGAAGGGGAGUUGAACAUAGACAGCAUUAUAUCUCGCUUGCUGGAAGCUCGGGGCAGGCCAGGCAAAAGUGUACAGCUCGCAGAAUCUGAAGUGCGAGGACUUUGUUUGAAGUCUCGAGAAAUAUUUUUGAACCAGCCUAUCCUACUAGAGCUGGAGGCCCCCUUAAAAAUAUGCGGUGAUGUCCAUGGGCAGUAUACUGAUCUACUAAGAUUGUUUGAGUAUGGUGGCUUCCCUCCUGAAGCCAACUAUCUGUUCCUUGGAGACUAUGUUGAUAGAGGAAAGCAGUCCCUUGAGACGAUAUGCCUUUUACUGGCCUACAAGAUCAAGUACCCAGAAAACUUUUUCCUUUUAAGAGGAAACCAUGAGUGUGCUAGCAUUAACAGAAUCUAUGGCUUCUACGAUGAGUGCAAGAGACGGUAUAAUAUCAAGCUAUGGAAAACCUUCACAGACUGCUUUAAUUGCCUACCCAUUGCAGCUAUCGUGGACGAAAAGAUUUUCUGUUGUCAUGGAGGCUUGUCUCCUGAUCUGCAGUCAAUGGAACAGAUUAGAAGAAUCAUGAGGCCAACAGAUGUCCCUGACACAGGUUUACUGUGCGACUUGUUAUGGUCUGAUCCUGAUAAAGAUACAAACGGUUGGGGGGAGAAUGAUCGUGGAGUGUCAUUUACGUUUGGAGCAGAUGUGGUCAGCAAGUUUUUAAACAGACAUGACUUGGACUUAAUAUGUCGAGCACAUCAGGUAGUUGAAGAUGGUUAUGAAUUCUUUGCCAAGCGACAGCUAGUGACACUGUUCUCAGCACCCAACUACUGCGGAGAAUUUGACAAUGCUGGUGGUAUGAUGAGCGUGGAUGACACCCUCAUGUGCUCCUUCCAGAUUUUAAAACCUUCAGAAAAGAAAGCCAAGUAUCAGUAUGGUGGCCUAAACUCCGGACGACCAGUCACCCCCCCAAGGGGUCCACAGAACAAGAAGGGAGGACGGAACAAAUGAUCGGAACAUAUGACAUAACCUAGGACACAAGCAGAGACAAACACCUCAAAAUCAGUUUGGCAGGAAUAUAGCUUUGUUCAUAACACCUUGAGUUUAAUGGGUAAAAAGUAUGAUAUAUAACUAGUUUUCUGUUUGUUCAAAGGCUAUCCUGUCCAACCAUAGAAAAAGUUCUAGAUUAUUCUGUCAAACAGAUCAAGUUCUCCUACAACUGAUCAUUAAUCAACUCCUGUUAAACUAAUGAAUGGACCUGGUCAUACAAGUGCCCUGCAAGUUAGGCCUCUUCUCCUAGAUCUGAGGUUAUAUUAAAACUUUACAGGGUUUGUGAGCAGACGUAUGACUUCAGAAACCCCAGGGGUCACGUUGUUGAGAUGCCAGGGGUUGGCUGUUCAGGCAAAGGGGUCAGUCCAUUAUACCCUACAUGUGUGCCCUACUAGAAAGAGUGUGAUCCAUAUAUAUCUAUAUGUGUAGUGACGGUCGCAUGUGUAGGAUGAAAUAGACACCCUGAUGACAGCUUUCAUACAAGCUUAUUGCAGUAGUACUACAUGUUCUCACUUGACAGGGGUCUGAAGACUCUACUGAAAUCGUUUCUAUAGUGAUGCGUAAAACACACACACAAAAAAAAACAAUCAGUCACUUGGCUAUCUGAAGCCCAGAAGGAUGUAUAAUAGAACUAUGUAUGUAAAAUACAUAAUGCAUGUUUAUGUAAUCUGUCAAGAUGAAAUCCUGGACCUUGAUAAUGUUAGCAAAUGUGUAGAUGUACAACCUUACUGUAUUUAUUUUUCUAGGAAACUUUAGUAUGUUAGUAACUUUGAUGUUUGUUGUUUCUGAGUAGAAUUAUAUAAUUCAUUCUUAUUAAAAUGAAUCGUCUAGAA